CCGGGGGGACGCGUCGCUCUUAGGACCAGGCUGCAAAUUCGGCGUGAGUGACUCAGUCCGCUCAGCGCGCGCACGCACGCACAGCAGGCGGCGGUGGCUGGGGCUAGGAGCAGGUCAGUGCUGCUCGCCUUGGUCUGCCACAGCUCUAUCGGGGGAGGCCGCAGCGCGCGCGGGUCCGCCGCUCGCGACCCAAGAUGGAGUACGAGUGGAAACCCGACGAGCAGGGGCUCCAGCAGAUCCUGCAGCUGCUCAAGGAGUCGCAGUCCCCGGACACUACCACGCAGAGAGCAGUGCAACAAAAACUGGAACAACUGAAUCAGUAUCCAGAUUUUAACAACUACCUGAUAUUUGUUCUUACGAAACUGAAGUCUGAAGAUGAACCCACACGAUCCCUGAGUGGUCUCAUCUUGAAGAAUAACGUGAAAGCACAUUUUCACAACUUUCCAAAUGGAGUAACAGACUUCAUCAAGAGUGAAUGUCUAAACAACAUUGGGGAUUCCUCCCCAUUAAUUAGAGCAACUGUAGGCAUUCUGAUUACAACCAUUGCCUCUAAGGGGGAAUUGCAGAAUUGGCCUGAACUCUUACCAAAGCUUUGCAGCCUCUUGGAUUCUGAAGACUACAAUACUUGUGAGGGUGCAUUUGGAGCUCUUCAGAAGAUAUGUGAAGAUUCUGCUGAAAUCUUAGAUAGUGAUAUAUUAGACCGACCGCUCAAUAUCAUGAUCCCUAAAUUUUUACAGUUCUUCAAACACAACAGUCCAAAAAUAAGGUCCCAUGCUGUUGCAUGCGUCAAUCAGUUUAUCAUCAGUAGAACUCAAGCUCUUAUGUUACAUAUUGAUUCUUUUAUUGAGAAUCUCUUCGCGUUGGCUGGAGAUGAGGAGCCUGAAGUACGCAAAAAUGUGUGUCGGGCUUUGGUGAUGCUGCUGGAAGUUCGAAUGGAUCGCCUGCUUCCUCAUAUGAUUAGUAUAGUUGAGUACAUGCUUCAGAGGACCCAGGACCAAGAUGAAAACGUGGCUUUGGAGGCUUGCGAGUUUUGGCUGACUUUGGCUGAGCAGCCAAUUUGUAAAGAUGUACUAUGUCGGCAUCUUACUAAGUUGAUACCUGUGUUAGUAAAUGGUAUGAAGUACUCAGAAAUAGAUAUUAUUCUGCUGAAGGGGGAUGUUGAAGAGGAUGAAGCUAUUCCAGAUAGUGAACAGGACAUAAGGCCUCGUUUUCAUCGUUCACGGACAGUGGCUCAGCAGCAUGAAGAAGAUGGUAUUGAGGAAGAUGACGACGAUGAUGAUGAGCUUGAUGAUGAUGAUACUAUUUCUGACUGGAAUUUAAGGAAGUGUUCUGCUGCUGCACUAGAUGUCCUUGCCAAUGUAUUUCGUGAUGAACUUCUGCCACACAUUUUGCCCCUUUUGAAAGAACUGCUGUUUCAUCCAGAAUGGGUGGUCAAAGAAUCAGGUAUCUUGGUUCUAGGAGCAAUUGCUGAAGGUUGCAUGCAGGGUAUGAUUCCAUAUCUUCCUGAACUAAUCCCUCACCUUAUUCAGUGCCUCUCUGAUAAAAAGGCUCUUGUGCGCUCCAUUACAUGCUGGACUCUUAGCCGCUAUGCACACUGGGUAGUUAGUCAACCCCCAGACACGUACUUGAAGCCAUUAAUGACAGAGUUGCUAAAACGUAUCCUUGAUAGCAACAAGAGAGUACAAGAAGCUGCCUGCAGUGCCUUUGCUACUCUAGAAGAGGAGGCUUGUACAGAGCUUGUUCCUUACCUUGCAUAUAUACUUGACACUCUGGUCUUCGCAUUUAGUAAAUACCAGCAUAAGAAUCUUCUCAUCCUUUAUGAUGCCAUAGGAACUUUAGCAGACUCUGUAGGACAUCAUCUAAACAAACCAGAAUAUAUUCAGAUGCUAAUGCCUCCACUAAUCCAGAAAUGGAACAUGUUGAAGGAUGAGGAUAAAGAUCUCUUCCCUUUGUUAGAGUGCCUGUCUUCGGUUGCCACUGCCUUGCAAUCUGGCUUCCUUCCAUACUGUGAACCCGUGUAUCAGCGUUGUGUAAACCUGGUACAGAAGACUCUUGCACAGGCCAUGUUGCACAACGCUCAGCCAGACCAAUACGAGGCACCAGAUAAAGACUUCAUGAUUGUGGCUCUUGAUUUACUUAGUGGCUUAGCUGAAGGACUUGGAGGCAACAUUGAACAGCUAGUGGCCCGCAGUAAUAUCUUGACACUAAUGUACCAAUGCAUGCAGGAUAAAAUGCCUGAGGUACGACAGAGUUCUUUUGCCCUGUUAGGUGACCUGACAAAGGCAUGCUUUCAGCAUGUUAAGCCUUGCAUAGCUGAUUUCAUGCCGAUUUUGGGAACCAACCUAAAUCCUGAGUUCAUUUCUGUGUGCAACAAUGCUACAUGGGCAAUUGGCGAAAUCUCCAUUCAAAUGGGUAUAGAGAUGCAGCCUUAUAUUCCUAUGGUGUUGCACCAGCUUGUAGAAAUCAUUAACAGACCCAACACACCAAAGACGUUGUUAGAGAACACAGCAAUAACAAUUGGUCGUCUUGGUUACGUUUGUCCUCAAGAGGUGGCCCCCAUGCUACAGCAGUUUAUAAGACCCUGGUGUACUUCUCUGCGGAACAUAAGGGACAAUGAGGAAAAGGAUUCUGCUUUCCGUGGGAUUUGUACCAUGAUCACAGUCAACCCUAGUGGAGUAGUCCAAGACUUUAUAUUUUUUUGUGAUGCUGUUGCAUCAUGGAUUAGCCCAAAAGAUGAUCUCCGAGACAUGUUCUGUAAGAUCCUUCAUGGAUUUAAAAAUCAAGUUGGAGAUGAAAAUUGGAGGCGUUUCUCUGACCAGUUUCCUCUUCCCUUAAAAGAGCGCCUUGCAGCUUACUAUGGAGUUUAACCUCAUGCAUUCAAGCUGCAGUCUCAUAAUUAGGGGUCCUUCAGUCUAGGAGACUAUGAGGGAGCCUCUGCACCCAGGGAAAAUGUUACCCUUUACUGGGGGGAAGGGUAAACCAGUAGGGAAUACAGUACAAUCCCAAGCCUACUGGGAGGGGCGGGAGGGAGGUGUUGCCAUCUCUGUAUUAAGUCGAUGUUGGGAAACGUUUUAACAUCUGGAGCCUUUGUGGGUGGAAAUCUGUCUCCUAUUACAACUCUGCACUGGAUGUGAAGAAGCAAAAAAGAGAAUCUAUUCACAAAACAGCACAUUCUGGAAUAUGGGGAAUUGUACCAAAACAGGAACCAUAUAAUUGAACCAUAGGGAUACGUAAAAAGGAAAACUAUUGUGCGCACAAUAAAGGAAACCUAAGAAUGGGGGUGGGGGUUUACAAAAAGCCUUUGACUGUUUAACUAAGGGUUUUCUCAUUAUUUCAUCCUGCUUGAUGGGAUUCCUAGGUAUUUGCAUGUUAAUGAAGAACUACACAAAUGAAGUUAGUACAGUUAAAAUGCAGCUUGCUACCUGUAUUAGGAACUGGCACCUGCAGUGUACAAUAUAGAAACCCCAUAAUAAAGUAAUAAAGGUUGACUUUAACAAAAUGAAGCAACUUGCAAGAUGCCAAAUGAGUCACUCCUUUCAUUUUUUUGGGUGGGGGGAGGGGCAUUUCAAAGGAAUGAUUGACAUCUUAAUUUUAUAUUAAAAACUUUAGUGGAUAUGAUUUGAUGGUUGUACUUCAUUAUAUUUAAUUUCUAGAGUAAGGCAUUAUUCUUAACAUGCAGUUUAAGGUUCAGGCAUGCAUUCUUGCUCAUAGUGAUCAGAAGUAAUUUAAAUUAGUGGGAAAGUAGCAUGCUUGUAUCACAUAGAGUGAGAUUGGUAUACUUUUACUUAUGUUGCGCCAGUUUUGUGUUGCAGUUUACCAAUUAAUAUAGCCCUGCAUUUAAAAAUCCUUUUUUAAAGAUUCUGUGGAUUUUAUUUUUAUUAAGAAUAUAGAUAUAAAGUACUGUAGUUUACAAUUAGGCCUUGAAAUAUCUUUAGGAUCUGUUAAGAAUAAGAUUGAUAUUGUAUUGUGUGUAGCCGGCACAAUGUGGAAAGCUGAUAUAGCUGUGCAAAAUAUUGGCCUCUGUGCUGUCAGUGUGAUGUGCUUUCUGCAUGGUUAUAUACUACUAGUGAUUUUAUCAGAACCUCUAAAAAUGAGUUACAUGGUAAGACCUGUUAAAGGCUGCAUAAAUGUUAGUUGGCACGUAAAGACAAUUGUAGAAGUUGAUGACAUGAUUGCUAUAUUUCAUUUUUUAUUCCCACUCAACAUAUUACCUUCUAUGCUUUCUUUUUCGUUCAAAGCAUGAUCUUUAAGAGAUGUUUAAGUUAAUGGAUGUAAUGCAGGGUAUCUACACUGUAUCGGCGCAUGUUGGUGGCCCUUUGUGUCAUAGUUAAGUGCACAAGGGUGCAAGUUAAAAGCUAUAGAGUGAAAGUUGGUUUGGAUCCUCUUCAUUUCAUUUGUUUGGCUUUUCUGUUGUUUUUCUCUACUUACGUGUAUUCCUGUGAAUAAAUCCUUGUUAAGUUAACCUUUUACUUUUCCUUCCAUGUGUAUUUUCUUAUGUACUGUGAAUGUGAAAAUCUAACUGGUACACUUGAUCUUGUGUCCAUCUGAAAGUGCAAGUCUUUAUUAAUUUAGAUUGCCUAAAGAGUAUCCCAUGAUGAUACAAGAAAAUGGAGAGAUUUUAACUCUGCUGGUCAGAGGUGAAGCCACACCUUUCCAUUUUUCAAGUGCUGCGUAAUUAAUCUAUAGAACAAAAUUAAGCCAUAACAGCCUUUUUUAUAGUUUGUUUCUUACCGUUGCAUUGCAGAAUGAAUACUGGGAUAACAGUUUUUGUAAGACCUUAAUCUUCUUUGCAUGGUUCUAUUCUUUAAGAAUGUAUGAAUAAUUUAGCCAUUGCACUGAAGUUUGAGAUGUGUGAUUUAAAUGCUGUUUAAAGAGGUUUUUUAAUGCAUAGUAGCAUGCACAAGUUUUACACAUUCCUUUUUUUGGCAUUUCAAAAUGAUAGUAGAUUAUCUUGCUGGAAGAUAGUUUUGACAUACUGACUAAAUUCAGUAAUGCUAGUACAUGAUACUUACUCAUUUUGUUUAAUCAGAACUGCAUGUGAUGAUUUGCUUUCAAAUUCAAUUGCUUUGUUAGAAGCUACAAAUAUUCCUUCUUGGCUAAUAAUUCUAAAAUGAGUGGGUAAUAGGUUUCUUUGACUAAAAAUAUGUCUGACAUAUUACUGUUAAAAUGUAGUGAGGUAGGAUCUUGUCUUAAACCCAAAUGUAUUUUAAUUUCUUGUAUAGGUUAAAGAUUUGGAAACAGUUUCAGGAAAAAAAACUAUAGCUUUUCCAGAUUAUAAUUUUGUAUAUAAUAUAAAACCUGCUUUAUAGUGCAGUGUUGUUUGGACUUGAUUUAAAUUUAGCUCUAACAAUUGCGGCAACCCCACUAACUGGAGGAAAAAUCAGUCAGAUUAGCCCAUCAUAUCCACUUUUAUGUGUGUAUUUUAAAUCUGUAUCUAUAAACGUGUGACUGUUUACAGAUGUGAACUGAUCUGGUAUAGCAGUAAGGAAUAUAAUCAAAAGAAUGCAAAAUUAAACAAUACUGCAUAAUCCUAGUACUUUAAUAGGUCCUCUGGUAUAUUUUAAAGCAAAUUAAACCAUAUUCCCAAUGCAUAAUAGUACAGGGAUUUACAGAAGACAUUUAGGUUAUAACUUGAGGUAAGAAAAGUUCUGAUUCAGCAUUAACUGUUGUAAUUCAAAUUGUUGCAUCAUGGGAUAUAUAUAAAGCAUCUUAAUUCUUGUGGUGUAGUUUUGCCAGUUUUUGAAUGUUGACUGAAUGUUUAUACCGGUAGAAUUGUGCGUUUGUCUUUGUUACAUUCCAGUGUUUCUGCCUCUUGGCAUGCUAAAAGCACGGCUUACUUCAUCUGCUCCUUACACACUGAAUAAAGUGCUGUUAGUGUGCUAAACUACAGAAAUAGCCGCUGCUAAGUGAUAAUGUAGAUUUUCUACUUGAAUAUUUUGUUGUAGGAACCUCAGGAGGUCAGUGUUUACUGUUUUUUAUAUACCUUGUUUUUCCUGUUUGAGUUUCCCUUUUUGAAGGAUUCUAACAGUGAACAAAAGCUGCUGAUCAACCUAAGUUGGUAACAGAAAGUGUAUUUAAAAUUUUAAAUGCACCUUUUUGGCAGUUCUAAAUAGCAGUUAAAUUAGUCUUAAAGUUCAGUACCACAGUUUUUCAUUUAUACAUUCAGAAAAUAAGUUGUCUUUUUUCAUUUAAAAAAUAAUAAUUGUGGCUUCAGGCAAUGUAAGCAAAAUGAUCAAUUUUGUAAAUUUUUUGAAGCUUGAUUAUUUUCUAAAUCAGUUUGUACAUAAUUAAAAUUGUAAUAUGCUAAUUCUUAUAUUUCAGUUUAUUGCUACUUAUUAGAGGUUGUACCCAAGAGAUCACUUUUAAAAGAAUGGGUUUAAAAUUUAUAGCCAUUAUGAUUUUUAAAAUUUAAGUAGCGUAAAUUUUGUACUAAACAAUCUUGACAUGCACUGUGAUUUUUCUUAAGACUUUCUUUAGCAUUGAUCUGAAUUACUUAAGCUGCAUAUGUAUAAUAUAAUCAAAUAUAUAUAUUCUAAAAUUUUAAGUGGCUUUCCACAACUGAAACUCAUUGCAACUCCGACAUGAAAUAUUCAGAUACUAGUUUUAUCUCAGGUAAAUACUCUUGUACCCUUUUGUUCACAACAUAUGUAUAAAACACGUCUUAAUUAUACCAGUUUAUGUAUUUCAUAUAUGUAUUUUCAUGUGUCUUAAACUCUUACAAUCUAAAUUAACCUGCUAUGGGACAAAAAUGAUUUUGCUUCACAUCAGUCACCUAUUUUAUUCAUAUUGAAUGUAUUAACAGAUAAAGGUGCAAAACAAUCUUCCCUGGAGAAGACUGCAUUCAUGCAUAACAGCAACUAAAAUACUUCAUAAAUAGUGCUUUAAAUAAAGCAUUGCAUAGGAAGUCUUUUUGUUUCAAAUAUUAAAGUUAUAACUUGGCAUUAACUGCUUCUCAAUAUUUUUUUUCACGUAAGGUGAUGGACCUUUAAAAUACUGUAUAGGGUCUACAGAGUAUUUUACUUUUUUUUACUGUAGCUUUAGGUAAAGAUUCAGAUCUAUAAUGAAACUGCUGCUGUAAACCACUUAACAACAUGCAGUAAUGUAAGUUAGACACUGAUGUAGUUUGCAUGCAGCAGUUUGCUUACAUAUUCAUUACAUAUUAUUGGCAAUACCUAAUCUUGGGUACAAGUUUGAUACACUAGUUGUAGGUUUCAUAUGUAUAUUCUUUAAUAUGUGUCAGGUUACUAGACAUCCUCCUCCAGUACAAAGCACUGUCUAUAGAUGGUUCUUGCUUUUUGCACUUACUGUUGGAGCUAAAUCAGUUUUAGGUUAUUCUAAAUGAAAACUGUAAUAAGUACAUUGUGUCUUGCCUUUCCAAUAUGUAUUGCGCUAAAAUAAUAGAUAUUUAUAAAUCUGAAUGUAUUCCUGCGAGGGAGAGUUAAAAUGGAUGUUUAAUAAGGUUAAUUCCCAUGCUUUGUCGGACAGUGUACUUUUAAACAAAUCUACUUUCCAAGCAAGUUCAAGGCUUAAAGUGUAGUAUCCCUUUUCUGUGAGUAGAUACUGUUGAGGUACUUUAUCCUUAAAUAUCUUUCUAUGGGUGAGCAACAAAACUGAGAAAGCCUGGGUGAUUUUUGUGGGGGCAGUGAUUGGACAAUACUGUAUAAUCAGGUUGGUUUGGUUGUAGAAAUUUUCUGUUUAUAGUACCUUAUCUCACAAGGAAAAAGAGGUGGAUAUGUUGUAAAUGACCCAACUUAAUACCUAAACAGUUAUAAAACUGUUAAGAUUGGAUGCAGUGAAUAAAAUAGUUUAGAAUUAGCAAAAUGACUGGAUCUUUCUGCUGACAACUUAGGUUGUAUGAGUUUUGCUUGAAAGCUUUAAAUCUGAUGUUUCCUGUACCUGCCACGUUAGAAUGUUUCCUUCAAACGUAUCCUCCUGCAACUUCUCAAGCUGUACUAAAUUGAGUGAUAUUUCUUGAAGUCUGCCUCUGUGCUAAUAGAACUUCAUUUUAAAUAGAAUAUGGUUUUAAUUUUUGAUAAGCUGCUGAAUUUUAAAGAGUUUUUGGGGCCACCAAAUAUUUUGGAUCAUGCAGAGAAUAUAUAUUGUACUGUAGUAAUUUUGUAUUUACAUUUGUAUGAUGUGACAUAAUAGAUGUGAAUGUUAAUCACUGCUUGACUAUGUUAAUAAAGUUGUUUAAAUAUA